UCGAAGUAAAUAUGUCAUGGCGACUUGAGUGCUACUAGUUGAAUCCACUUUUUUAUAGAAAGUAAAAAAAAUAAAUUUUUCAACAAACUUGAUAUUUAUGUAAUUCAAACUAUUCAAAAAUAAUCACAAUGAAUAUUUUUACUAGACAAUGUGUGAAGAUUCUUAAAACGUCGAGUAAAAUGUGUAUUAACAGUCCAAAAACUUUUGCUUAUAAAAGUGCAGUUUCUUUGGAAAAUUUAUAUCCUAACAGUAAUCUAAAAUUAUUUACGGCAAAUUUUGUGCCAGAAGAUGCCUCCGCUAAAUUUAAUGGAUAUAUACCUAUUGAGAAACUUACUAUCACUUAUAGUCGUAGUAGUGGUCCUGGAGGACAAAACGUAAAUACUGUAAAUACUAAAGUAGAUUUAAGGUUCAAUGUAAAGGAUGCUACGUGGUUGUCGAAUGAAAUUAAGGAAAAACUGUUAGAACAGCAAAAAAAUAAAGUUAACAAAGAAGGUUAUUUGAUAAUCAAAUCUGAUAUAACAAGAUCUCAACAAUUAAACUUAGCUGACGCUUUAGAAAAACUUAGAACAUUCAUAAGAAAAACAUUACAAGAGCCACCGCAAAUAACCAAAGAAACUGCAGAAAUUAUAAGAAAGAGACAAUUGAAAGCAGCAAGAGAAAGAAUUUUUGUAAAAAGAAUACGUUCGCAGAUAAAGCAAACUAGAACAGGCGUAUCUACUAAAGAAAUAUAUGAUUAAAACAAUUUGUAGAAAAUGUGCUUUAACGUAUAAAAAAUGAUAAUAGAAAUAAAGAAUAAAGUAUAUUCUCUUAUAAAACAAAAAUUCUGUUCUAUAUAUAUAUGUAUAAAUAUAAAUAUAUAUAUAUAUAUAUAUAUAUAUAUAUAUAUAUAUAAACACACAUGUAUAUAAUUAUAUCACACAAAUGCAAAGUUUUAGUUAACGUUAGGUUAGGUUUAUAGUAAUCGCCAUGGUAACGAAUGCCGCGUUAAUGAAAACAAAACUGAAUAAAAUACUUAUGAAAUACCUCGUAAAA